CUUUCUUCUGUAUCGACUCAGGAGGCGAGAGUAAAGGAAAGCUGGAAGCUUUAUUCUGAAUCUGCCUGAAGAAACCCUAAAAGACGGAACGAGAAGAAGAAGAGGAACACAAAGUGAGAGAUAGCUUCAAUUUGUCCGAUCGGAUCGAAAUCAGUCCACCAACACCACUGAAAGGUUUACAAACAUUGUGCUCCUCAAUCUUUUGAUCGAACAUCCAGAGCUUUGCAGGGUGUAUUCGUGACUCGUUUUUCCUGCGAUAAUGGAUCCUGGGCGCUAUGGUCUUCAACAAGGAUGGGAUAAUAACAGCGCUUUGGAGGGUUAUGGUAAUGUUCAUGAGCCAAACUUCCGAGUUGGCGGAGCAUAUGAUGAGCGAAGGUUUUUAGAUGAACGAUACACAAGAGAUAACAGUUACCCAAGAGAUGCUUUUCACCCUGAUAAUAGGGAAGACUAUCCACCACCAGCACCUUCAGCCUCUGGCAUUUGGUCUCAAUCAAGGAGGAGAAGUUAUGAAGAUGAAUACCCUAUUGACAGGGGAUCAAGACGAUAUGAAAAACCAUAUAAUGAGUCAUACCAUGAUCUGGAUGCUUUUAAUGAACAUGAAUUUGAUACAUAUCAGGAUUUUGAUAGGUUUCGUGAUGAUUAUCGUAGUCUCAGUAAUGUCCGUGAUCAUGGAAUUGACAGGCUAGAUCGGUUUGGGAGUCGUGAGCGUGAUGAUUAUGCAUAUGAUGAUUAUGACUACAAGUCUAACGUGGUGCAUCAAAAGAGAGAUGAUAGUUAUGAGAGGGAUUAUGACUAUGGCCGGUAUCGUUAUGAUUCUGAUUAUGAUAGAGGUAGUAGAAGAGAGGGUACUUGGAGAAGGCGGGGGUCACGUGAUCGUGAGCGUGACAAGAGAGGUUCAAGUUGGGAUAGGGAUCCAAGUCCACACAGAAGGCAUGAUAGGUCUAAGUCUCGUGGGCGUGAUGAUCGUUCUAGAUCAAGGUCUCCUCGAGGUCGAAGCCAUGGACGAAAUUAUCGAGAAGAUAAUUAUGAAGAAAAUCGACGUGAAAGGUCCGAGAGGCGAAGGGAUCGGGAAGAUAAAAGAGAGCGCGAACAUUAUUCUGUGGCUCCAUCUGCCACUGUAGUUGUGAAGGGUCUUUCUCAAAAGACAACCGAAGAAGAUCUCUACCAAAUCCUUGCUGAAUGGGGACCCCUUCGUCACGUGCGUGUGAUCAAAGAGCGCAAUUCUGGCAUUUCACGGGGUUUUGCAUUUAUUGAUUUUCCUUCAGUGGGUGCAGCACAAACAAUGAUGGACAAGAUUGGUGAUGAUGGUCUAGUUGUAGAUGGCAGGAAGCUUUUCUUUGAGUACAGUAGUAAGCCAACAGGGGGUGCAGGAGGAUCUUUUGCUGCAGAAAAUACUACGAGAUCAGGUCAUUUUAGCAAGAACGUGACAAUGCCAUCAGAUUGGAUGUGCACAAUCUGCGGCUGUGUAAAUUUUGCACGACGAACAUCUUGUUUCCAGUGUAAUGAACCUCGAACGGAUGAUGCUCCUCCGGCAGAUAUUAACAUGUCUAAUCAAUCAUCUUUAGGAAAGAAAGGACAAGAGGCAGGUCCAACUCAUGUUUUGGUUGUUCGCGGAUUGGAUGAAAAUGCGGAUGAGGAAAUGCUUCGCUAUGAGUUCUCUAAACAUGCUCCAAUUAAGGAUCUUCGUUUGGUCCGAGACAAAUUCACUCAUGUUUCUAGAGGUUUUGCAUUUGUUCAUUUCCAUUCGGUGGAGGAUGCUACCAAAGCUCUUGAUGCCACAAAUGGCACAACCCUCGAAAAGAAUGGCCAAAUCUUGCGAGUAGCAUAUGCUAAGAGCAUUCUUGGUCCAGGAUCAGGACCGUCUGGAUCUUCGCAGUCGAGCAGCCUUGCAGCUGCUGCAAUUGAAGCUGCAACAUUUGCUCAGCAGUAUGAUGCUGUGGGAUGGGCACCAAAGGAAUACAACCCAGACGACAGACAAUCCAAUGGUGGCCAGGAACAAGGAGGUAAGGGGGUGGAAAUUCAAAGUCAUGGUUCUGCUCCACAAUCCGGCUUUGUGUGGGAUGAAGCAUCAGGUUACUAUUAUGAUGCUGCUUCUGGGUUCUACUACGAUGGAAAUACAGGUCUGUAUUACGAUGGUAACAGAGGACUUUGGUAUACAUAUGACCAUCAAAAGCAGCAAUACAUCCCCUGCACUGAUCAGAAUGAGAGCUCUGCUUCUGGAAAAGAGAGCGAGUUCCCCAAGACAGCAGAAGGGUCAAGUAAUAAAAAAGUAGUGAUUUCUGCACCAGCAGCUACCAUUACAUCAGUUGAGAAGGCUGCUUCCUUGCCAGAUGCCGUUCAGGCUGCGGCAACAGCUGCAAUAGCUGCAGAGAAGAGGGAGAAAGAAAGGGCCAAAGAGAUAAAGCUUGCGUCAAAAAGUAGUAUAUUGGCUAAUAAAAAGAAGAUGAAUACUGUUUUGACAAUGUGGAAGCAACGAAGUCAUGAAGGACAGGCAACCCGUGUGGCACUUGAUGACAACCAAAGUUUAGCAUCAACUGAAGACAAAUCUUUCCCUGUUGGACAAUCCAUGAAGAGUAAGCUAAAAGCUGAUGUCCAAACUUCCAGGGAAAGCACUUCAUUCAACCUGGGAGCUGCUUCAACUGCUGCUCCUGAAUCUCAGGUUAAGCCAAGACCUGUGAGUAACAGCUCCGGGGGGACACUGAUGGGUGUUAUCAGAGGUUCGGGAGGGGUAUUGUCAAAUCAGAUAGUUUCUAUUCAACAUCCUCCAGUAACAGAUGCUUCUGCUUUGGGUUCUUACACACCUCCUGUAACUUCUGCAAGUGGGAAGAGAAGGUUUUCUGAAAUGCCACAAUCUUCUGCUUCUGCAAAUAGGGAGCAGCCACAGACCACCUACAGAGAUCGUGCAGCUGAAAGGAGGAGUUUAUAUGGCUCGUCAACAUUCAUUGGUGAUGAUCGGUCCAACCUCGAGUUUGGGGAUUUGAAUCGAGAUAUUUCAGUCAAAAAGGGUUCUCUGGAUGCAAUGCCUUUUCCUCCUGGCGUUGGUGGAGGACGAGUAAGUGGGGAUGCAAAUCUCAACACUUUUGAAGUGAUCACAGCAGAUAAAGCAAUUGAUGAGAAUAACGUGGGCAACAGGAUGCUCCGUAACAUGGGCUGGCAUGAAGGCUCGGGUCUAGGUAAGGAUGGAAGUGGAAUGACGGAGCCAGUCCAGGCACAAGCCAUGGAUAGCAGGGCGGGACUUGGGAGUCAGCAGAAGAAGAUGGAUCCAAGCCUCGAAAUACAAGCCGGUGAUAGUUAUAGAACGCUCAUUCAUAAGAAAGCUCUUGCUCGGUUUCGGGAGAUGUCUUAAAUUGGUUAUGUGUAAGUCAAGUGGUAGGCAACUCAAACUCAAACAAAUGUACAAAAACUUGUUUGAAAUUGAUCUCUUACCAAUGUGUUAGGGUACAGAAACAAGUUUUUGUUUCUGCAGCAUUUGUUGGAUAUGUAUCAGCCCAUUCAUUUUGGAAUUAGCUCUCAUCUAAUGCAAACUACUAUUUAUUUUCACGUCUUUUGCUGCUAAUUUGAGUGAACAUUAUUGUUUAA